AUGAAGAGAUUUGUGGCUUUUCUUACAAUAUUCGCCAUCUGUGUAGCUGAGAGGAAAGAUCUUUCUGGCAAGGUCUUCACCUUCCCUCGUGUGUCCGUCACAGACUACGUGACACUAACUCCACAUGUUGAAAAAAUCUUCUUCAGUGUCACUGUGUGUCUGAGGUUCCUCACAGACCUCGGUAACUCACAGACUCUCUUCUCCUUAGCCACUCGUUCUCAUGCCGAUGAUUUUGUGCUGUUCAGAACCAGUCAAGGACACUAUCAGCUAUACGUAGCUAAUACUGAUGUUCAUUACUAUGACUUGCCUGAGAAGCUGAAUCACUGGAAUUCACUUUGUGUCACCUGGGACUCCUCCACGGGUUUGGCCCAAAUGUGGGUUAAUGGUUUGGCCAGUUCCAGAAAAUCCCUCAGGCCUGGAGACUCCAUUGCUGGUACUCCCAGUAUCAUACUGGGUCAGGAUCAGGACUCCUAUGGUGGCGGAUUCAAUGCCAAUGACUGUUUUGUGGGUCAUCUGUCUGAUGUGCACAUGUGGGACCGUAUUCGGUCCCAUUCUGAGGUGAAGAACUAUAUGACCUACAUGUCCUUCCCAACUGGCAACAUGCUGAACUGGCAGAACCUGGAGUUUAGUAGACAAGGAUACGUCGUGGUAGAGGACAAUAGAGUCUUCAGACUGUGA